AUGGGAAAAUACGCUAAGGGAUCAGACGAAAGCUCUGGAUUGCGGGUAUGAGUUAGCUUUGCUAACUCGGCUAACAAGGAUUCCACCAGGGGAUUCAUCCGUUUUGCGGUAAAGUCUAUUUCUGAUCGCCGGAAAGGGCGGGUUGCCUGGCUGUCAACUCAUCCUUGCUACUUCUAUGUAGUUGUAAUUUUGAGCGGGCAAACUAUGAGUUUCGGGGCCUUGCUUCAUAUUGCUGCGAACAAGGUUGCCAUCACGAAAAAUCAAAAAAAUGAAUUUUCUGACCGACUAUCGGCAAAAAGGAAAAACACGUGGCAUAGAACGUAACGCCCAGCUUCAGGAUGUUGCCCGAAUGGUCCAGAGGACUCUGCAGGGUUUUUAACUCCCGUGCCUUCCUUCCCUCGAGGAGAAAACAAUCCUUGAAAUUAGACUUGGGCUAGGCUCUGAACACAAACAGAAUUGCUUGCUUAGCAUCGCUGUCCAUCUCUAGGACAGAAAAAUAUUGCAUCAUAUAAUUAAAUAUGCACUCGAAGGUAGUCGGCGAAGCGCUGAGACGCCAUGUUUAAUUGCUCUGGAUCUGAACAAGAAUACAAAUCCUCAAGCAAAAAAUACGAACACGACUCCGACAGCGACGACCCCAGAUACAAAGGUUCCAGCUCUAAGAAAAACAAAGGCUACGGCAGCCCUGGAUCCAGUGGAAGUGAUUCUCAUCCUCAAAAGCGUCAAAGGGAACCAGCGUCAUAUGAAGACAAAGGUGACGAGCAAUCCGAAGUUUUCGUAGGAGGCCUCUCCUGGGAAGCUGACGAUUCCGACCUUCAAAAGUUUUUCAAAAACUGUGGGUCCAUCACCAACAUAAAAAUCCUCAAAAACGACCAAGGCAAAUCUAAAGGCUCUGCUUUCAUCAAGUUUUCAAGCCCAGAAGAAGCCCAAGAAGCCAUUCGUCUUAACGGAUCAGAGCAUAUGGGCCGCACCUUGAGAAUCAACCUAUCAGGUGACAAGCCUAACAAACACAGAGAGUCAGGAGGCAGCGGACGUGGAAGCACAAGCACUGUGUUUGUAGGAAACCUCCCUUAUAAUGCUGACGAAAACAACUUGACUGAUUUCUUCAGCGACUGUGGAUCAAUAAAGCAGGUGAGAAUUGCGCAUGACCAGGAUGGGAAUAAACGUGGAUUUGCCCACGUCGAAUUUGAGUCAACUGAUUCUGCGGAUGCAGCAAUCAAACUGAAUGGGAAGGAAUUAGAAGGGAGAGAACUCAAAAUCGAUUUUGCUGGGGAAAAAAGAAGUGGCGGUUCCUCAAGAGGUGGCAGAGGAAGAGGCGGCAGAGGUAGACCAAGAAGAUAUUAG